AGACACACACUUUUCUCUCCUGAGCACACACUCUUUUACCCAGUAGCUCCCUCUCUAGCACAUUGGUACAGCCUCUCUCCUCUCACUCUCCUAUCCUCCCUCCCAAAUAUACACACGUGCUCUCCCUCUCUCAGUCCUCAUCUGCACCUCAGCACAGUAACACGCUGCUUCGUCGCGGGUGCAAUGCAGAGCGCUGAGCAGGGUUCUUUCAGCUCUCCAUCACCCUGACCCUUCAUACAGAGCAAACAAGAAGCAGAACCUGGAGGGGGGGGGGAAGCUAAAGUCUUAUAUUCCUUUUUCGGAGUCCGAACAAUCCCAUCUUACUGACAGGAGGAAGAGGAGGAGGAAGAUCUGUUUUCACACUGUCCUGACUCAAUUUGUCACGUCCAGCUGAAGGAGCUACAAGUGAUGCAUGGGAGACUAGGAGCUAGAAAGUUGUCUCUCUUUACCUCAGUUGUUUAUUGAUCAGUAGCAGCUGAGGAAACUUUUAAGAAGGAAGAGGAGGGGGGCGGUGGACAGUCCGCAGGUGAGAAACUCUCCUCGCCCUCUUCCUUUUCCCAUCCACGCUGUUUUUAUUUUUGGUUGCAUUUGUCAGGAAGAAAGCAGCACCAUCCUUCCAGCGGCUGCUACCCAUGUGGCAGGAGGCUCUGUGGACCCGCGGACGCUAUCUGCUGGAGAAGAGCGAUGGGGGCGAGGGGGGCGAGGGGCCCGACAGCCUGGGAGACGGCUGCCCUGGGUUCCAGAGCGAGGUGUGCCUCGAGGUGGAGAAGCCUCAGGACUGGCUGUACGAGUCGUACUACAGGAUGAGCCAGCAGCAUCCGCUGAUCGUGUUCCUGCUGCUGAUCGUCAUGGGAACUUGCCUUGCACUGCUGGCCGUGUUCUUCGCAUCAGGAUUGAACACAGAGGAUCACAUGACGUUCCUGAUCGCCGUGUCUGCUGCUCUCUUCCUCUUCUUGUCCAUUUUCAUCCUAGUCUGCAUUGAAUCUGUCUUCAAGCGGAUGCUGCGUCUCUUCUCUCUCCUGACAUGGGCUUGUCUGGUCACCAUGGGUUACCUGUUCAUGUUCUCCGGGGGCAGGCUCAGUCCCUGGGACCAGGUGUCAUUCUUUCUGUUCAUUGUGUUUGUUGUUUACACCAUGCUGCCCUUCACGAUGAAAUGGGCCAUCAUUGCCAGCGGUAUAACCUGCCUCUCACACACCGUCACCCUCAGCAUCUGCCUGACCUCCACCGUCACAGAACUGGAACCUCUAGUAUGGCAGAUCCUGGCCAAUGUGAUCAUCUUCACCUGUGGAAACCUGGCCGGGGCGUAUCACAAGCACCUCAUGGACCUGGCGCUCAAACAGACCUAUCAAGACACUUGCAACUGUAUCAAGUCACCCAUCAAACUGGAGUUUGAGAAGCAUCAACAGGAGCGUUUACUGCUGUCCUUGUUGCCUGCCCACAUAGCCAGAGUAAUGAAAGCUGAAAUCAUCCAAAGGCUGCAGGGACCAAACUUUGGCCGAACAGAGAGCACCAACAACUUCCACAACCUCUACGUGCAGCGGCACACUAACGUCAGCAUACUCUACGCCGACAUUGUGGGCUUCACUCGGCUGGCCAGCGACUGCUCCCCUGGUGAACUUGUACACAUGCUGAAUGAGCUCUUUGGCAAAUUUGACCAGAUUGCAAAGGAAAACGAGUGCAUGCGGAUCAAGAUCCUGGGUGACUGUUAUUACUGCGUGUCCGGACUUCCCGAGUCGCUGCCAAACCACGCCAGGAACUGCGUGAAGAUGGGCCUGGAUAUGUGUGAGGCCAUCAAGAAGGUCCGAGAUGCCACUGGAGUGGACAUCAACAUGCGCGUUGGCGUCCAUUCUGGAAACGUCCUCUGCGGUGUGAUUGGUCUCCGCAAGUGGCAGUACGAUGUGUGGUCCCAUGACGUCACGCUGGCCAAUCACAUGGAGGCAGGAGGAGUGCCAGGGAGGGUUCACAUCUCCUUGGUGACGCUGGAGCAUUUGAAAGGCUCAUACAAGGUGGAGCCCGGAGACGGACAGAGCAGAGAUUCCUACCUAAAAGAACAUAAUGUGGUCACCUACUUGGUCAUCAACCCCAAGACUGAGAGGCACAGCCCACUUUUGGGUGUGCGCUCCCGACCCUCUCUGGAUGGGGGGAAGAUGAGGGCGUCCGUCAGGAUGACUCGAUACCUGGAGUCCUGGGGAGCAGCCAAACCCUUCGCCAACCUCCAUCAUCGAGACAGCCUGACUGCAGACAAUGGCAAGAUCAACACUACAGAUGUUCCUAUGGGGCAGUACUACUUCCAAAGACGAGAAAGAUCCAAAUCUCAAAGGAAGAGGUUUGAGGAAGAACUCAAUGAACGAAUGAUUCGGACAAUAGAUGGCAUCAACUCACAGAAACAGUGGCUGAAGUCUGAGGACAUCCAGAGGAUCUCAUUGUUCUUUCACAACAAAGCUCUAGAGAAAGAGUACAGAUCCACCACGUUACCUGCCUUUAAGUACUACGUCACCUGCGCCUGCCUCAUAUUCUGCUGUAUAUUCAUUGUGCAGAUCCUCGUCUUGCCCAAAACUGCUGUGCUGGGGAUCUCUUUUGGUCUGACAUUCCUGCUGUUGGCUUUGAUCCUUCUCCUUUGCUUCGCUGGUCACAUUUUGCAGGGUGGGAAGGGGUCCUUCUGCUCUCUGCCAUGGCUCCCGGCUUCCUCUCGCAUCAUCGUCACCAACAACCCCUGGCUGCGAUUGGUCCUCACCAUGACGACCACGGCUCUCAUACUGGUGAUGGCUGUGUUCAAUAUGUUCUUUGUGGAGGAUCCUGGAGGAUCUGCCGAGGACAUCCAGACAACAGCUCUCUCUGUGAAUGUGUCCAACAAUAGCCGGUCCCUCUAUUUGGAGGACAAAAACAAGUUUUACCUGCCGUACUUUAUCUACUGCUGUAUUCUGGGCCUGGUCUCCUGCUCGGUGUUCCUGAGGAUCAACUAUGAGCUGAAGAUGGUGGUGAUGCUGGUCGCCGUGGUGAUCUACAACAUCAUCAUCUUGCAGACACACGCCUCCCUGCUGGAUGGAUUCAACAAAGCGCUGUAUCCCACAGACAAGGCGGACAGACCAGGUGUGCUGAAGGAUCUGAAGACCAUGGGUUCUGUGUCUUUGUUCAUCUUCUUCAUCACUCUGCUUGUAUUAGCACGGCAGAAUGAAUAUUACUGUCGACUGGACUUCUUGUGGAGGGACAAGUUUAAGAGGGAGUGUGAGGAAAUUGAAACAAUGGAGAACCUCAACCGAGUCCUGCUGGAGAACGUCUUACCGGCACAUGUGGCUGAACAUUUCCUGGGACGCAACUGGAAAAAUGAGUGACCCAGUUACAGCUGUGGCAGCCACUCCUGGGGAGGGGAACCUUGCAUUGAAAGUCUUAGGAUUAUUCUGGGAGAAAUGUGGUGAGGAGACUCCAGGUUUCUACUGUCUUUGGCCAUUAGACACUGAAUGCACUGCGUAUUCUACAUACAAAUGUGGGCAGUUUUGUUGGCACCACUGGUAAAGCUGUGUCCAAAGCCUUAAAAUAAUUUAUUUUAUGGCAGUCGCAUAAAUACACAUUGAAAACAUUUUUUAUAAUCCUAUGUUAAUUUGAGUUUAUUGUUUUCCCUGCUGUUCAUACUUUGUACAACCUCCUUUUUUCCAGUAAUGCAGCUCAUAUUCUACUCCUGUAACAUUUCACACGCUUGGAGCAUACAGAGCUGGAACUUUGACUAUACCUAUUUUCAGUAUCUCUUUGCAUUAUCCAGAGUCCUGGGUCAUUUCUUAUGCUCUCUUCUCUCCAGCUCACCCCACAGGUUUCUAAAGGAUUUAGCUCUGGGGACUGAGCUGACCACAGAAGAAGGCUGAUAAUGUGUCUGGUGAACCAUUUCUGUGUUGAUUUGGUCACAUGUUUUGGAUUAUUAUCCUGUUAAAGAGUCCGCCAGAUAUUUGUUUAAAAUCUCCUUUUAUUUUAAAGAGUUCAUAAUACCAUGCACUCUAACAAGGUUUUCAAGGCCUUCAGAAGAAAAACAGGCCCACAGCAUCACAGGUCCUCCUCUACUAUGCUUAUAAGCAGGCAUGAGGCGCAUUUACACACUCAUCCUCUGUUUGAUGCCAAACCCUGGAUGUUUGUUGCUAAAAUGAUCAAUCUUAGUCUCAUCUGAUUGCACCACACAGUUCCAAUUAAAGUCCUGGUAGUUUUGAGCAAACUGCCACAUGUUAACAUUUGUGAUGAUAGGAUAGAAACUUCCUGUCGUCUGGCAUGCUUUGCAAACAACCAACCGGCAUGUGGCACCUAAUGGUUGUUAUGGAGACUCGCUAACCCAGGAUGCCCUACAGCUUUUCUUGUGCCUCCUUUACCACCAUGUUCACUUUGUGUGCUGGCAAGACAAAAAUAGGUCUGAAUAGUGGCUGCAAGGGAAGGGACUCUGUGUCAAAUCAUAAAUAUACCGAAAAGAAAGAGAACGUAGUGGUUUGCUAGAUAGAAGUUUCUAGAAAAUGUGAUCUAAGAAAUAAAGUUGUAAUUUAAGGAACACUUGAGUUACAUUUAUUUUAAGGAUAUUAUCACCAGUGGUUUUGGUAAGAACAGUUUUAUAGUAUGGGACUUUUAUCCACCAUAAAUUAAUGUAGUCAAAUUUAAGGUGGAAUUUUCCCAUUUUUAUUGUGAAAUUAUGCUGCUACAAUAAAAGGUGAUUUGUUUUUUACCAUGGGUGCCAAUAAAUGUGUCCACAUUUAUAUGCUGCUAUUAAUGUUGUUUUCCUAACUUGAAAGAUGAUGCCUUCUUGCUUACAAAACAUUUCAUUCUGUAAGGGUCACCAAAGUUGCUCUGUUCUUACGUCUGUCGUUCUAAAGAUGAACUCCUCUAUUUUUCAGCUGCCACAGGGACCAAGCGUCCCUGCUGAGAUGAUUAAAGCUUCUUCCUAUUUAUUUAACGUCUAAGUGUCAGUGUUCAGAGUGAGGCAUUUAGGUAAUGGAUUUUUUCUUUAGUUUUGUAAAGCCCACUGAGACCACAGGCUAUUUCUCUUCAUCUUUCUGGCACGGGUGCUUGUUCGAUACGGCCCAUCCAGCUGUUAUCUUCUUCUCGCUUGU